ACAACACUGCACCUGUUAUCUCAACGUCAGGUAAACCAGGUAGGAUUAUGGAAGUAGUGGGACAGUAUACUUAGUUCGCUUUACUACCUCUAUGCAUAUGUUUCGGUUUUAGAAGUAGUGGUACAAACACAAAAAGUUAAGGUUUUCGAAAACGCUUGAAAAACGAUGAAGAUACUAGGUUUACUUAGUAUAAUCUUCAUCCUCGGGGGCAGGGAUUUGAAGGCUGAAGUGACGAACACGAUAUGUCUGCAAGAAUGCCAGUGCAGGAACACCAAAAAUGUGUCUUUGGAGAUAUCAAACUGCCUGAAACCAAUAGAAGUCACAUCAGACUUCAACCGAUCUAACAAUCAUUUUACAGGCAUCCGUUUUAAUGAUGUGUCCAUCAAGAAUCUCGACAUAAAUGCCUUCAAUUCCUUCACAGAGCUAGAACAUCUCGAAUUCGUCUCAACGGAAAUAAAGAAUAUGCAUCCCCAGGCUUUCUACAAGGCCGAAUUGAGUUCUUUAUCAUUUUCCAAUAGUAAAUUUUGGAAUUUGCCAAAUAUUCAAUGUUUAGAUCUAGAAGAAUUGAUCAUAACAAAUUGCAGCCUGAAGAGAGUACCAAAAUUCGAAGAACUUCCUUCACUAACUCUCCUUCAUUUGAAUGAUAACAAAAUAAGUGCAAUCAAAGAGAAAACCUUCCAAUCUUUAGAUUCACUAGAAGAAAUUUACUUAAAUAACAAUGAACUAACAGGCAUUCUUCCUAAACUAUUUUACUUCAACCCCCAACUUUCAAUUUUAGACCUGAGUCAUAAUUUAUUAAGUACUUUCACACUUGAAGGAACAAUGAAAUUAGAAAUUCUUUCACUGAGCAACAAUCGCAUCGAAGUAUUUGAUGCCUCUUCCAGCAAAAACCUUAGGAAUUUGAAAUCCUUGGAUUUGAGCUACAACAAACUAACCAAAAUCAAUCAAGAAACGUUCAGAAACAUGCCAGCACUGGAAAUAUUGAAUUUGGGUUAUAACAGAUUGACAGUUUUGGAUAACAACUCUUUCUCCUACAAUGCUAAUCUGGAAAAGCUCAUCUUAGACGGCAACAACUUCAAAACCCUACCAAUCUUUGAAGGACGUACUGAUAUAUUCAGAAGGAUAUACAAUUUCUCUUGCAAAAAAUGUGGUUUAGUCUCCCUGUCUUCCUUUACAUUCGGAAGCAUGCCUGGAUUACUUCAGAUUUCAUUGUCAGAUAAUAAUUUGGAGAUGCUUGACCCUAAAGCCUUUGCUUUGGUUUCAGGGUUGGAAAUCUUAGAUCUGUCUGGUAAUAAAUUGUCCAAACUGGGUGGAAAUAUAUUUUCUGAUAAUAAAGAAUUGGUCGAAAUCAAUUUAUCUGGGAAUAAAUUGAAAAUUCUGAACCCCGAAGAUUUUGUGAACUUGAAGAAAUUGAGAAAACUAGAUGUAUCAAAUGCUGAACUGAUUUCUCUAUGGAACGAUAACAGAGGAGAAUAUGUUUUGAGCGAAUUGGAACAACUGACAAUAUCGAAUAAUUCAAUAAAAGAUAUUAGUACCGAUGACCUCAAAAUAAUACCAAACUUGAGAUAUAUCGACUUCGAAAAUAACCCUUUGCAAUGUACAACACAUUUGGCCAAUUUAAUCAAGUGGCUCACCAUCCACGAAGUUUUCUCUGUUGAGGGAGUAAACGUUCUGCGAAGGAAUGAGAAGUUAUUAGACGAGACCUUCGAAGGAACUUACGACCACAAAUACCAAUGGGAAAAAUUGGUGAAGAAGUCGUGCAUUCCUAGUAACGAUGAAGAAAAGAACAAGAAUACUGAUUUCGUUAUGAAUAUGAUCCUACAGAACGCUAGAGAAAUGAAUUCCGUACCAAUUGUUGAUCCACCACAACAAGCUCCGAGUUACGACGAACCUGAUGAAGAAGAUGAAGAUAGCGACGAAGAUGACGAAGUAUAUUCAGAUGAGCCAGAAGACGUUAUGUUCGAUACUGCAGCGACCCGAGAAGAAUUCAGUUUGCAUCAAGUGACCAACAUCAUUUCUGUUACGUCAGUAUUUGUUAUUACUGCUCUAGUGGUACUUUCAGCAGCUGUUUCCAUUACCCUGGUUAUACUCAAGAGGCACAACACUUUGAACAUAAACAAUGCUAAUCUUCCACGUAUUAAAAUACCAAGAUGGGAGACAUUACCAUCCCAGAAAAAGCAUAGCGGUUCAGUUUAUAGACCAUUAUCAGAAGAAAUUUUAACACCCCCAACACCAAAAUUCAAUCGAUACGAAUUCAAAGCAAAUCCAACUGUCCAUAGCUCACAACCUUGAACAGCCGAGGGAAAUUUUGAAAAAUGUUCUCAAGAACUUUUCAAUCGUACUAAUUAUGUUAGAUAUAAAUGCCAUAUGGGUGAACUUCGCUUGCAACAAGAAAAAUAAAACAACAUUUUCUGCAGAUAAACUAUAUUAGUGAUCAUGAUAUUGACGAGGAGAAACUAGAGUCGUUAUUCUUCCAUUUUCUACUUACUCAUAAUAAUAUUUAAUUUUUUUUUUCAUAAUAGUCACUUAGUUGUAUUCUGUAAAAUAGGUUAUAUAAUUUUACCUUCGGAUUUAUGUAUGUAUUUUUGGUAGGACUAUUAACUACUAAUAAAGUUGAUUGUACACCAAAAAAAA